GUCCUGCAUCGCGUGCAACUGAACAUGUAGAAGCACACUCGAAGUCGCAGCACGCGCGCGCUGCCCCAACUCCACCCAGCAGUAAUAAUGCCAUCCUCACGCCCAACAAGCACACAUGGAGACGACCAGCCCUUCGACGUCGUCUCAACCUACAAACGCCUCCUCCUCGAAGACCCCGACCUCACAAUGCCCGUAGCAGCAAUCGAAGCCCUGAUCCUCGGCCUCGCGCAAACCCCCGCAACAACCGUCAGCGAAACCCUCCACCUCAUCCAAACCCUCACCGCACAACUGAAACACCGCAUCCCCAACUCCAUCUCCCUCUCCGCCGGCACCGACAUCUUCCAACAAUACCUAAUCACCAACCUCCAACGCCCCGCCGCCGGCGCCCGAGACUUCGACCAAGUCCGCAACCACCUCGUGCAAAACGGCCGGCUCUUCGUCGACCGCGCCAAAGCCGCCCGCGCUACAAUCGCCUCCUUCGGCCGCCACUUCAUCAACGACGGAAACGUCAUCCUCACCAACGGCGGCAGCCGCGUCGUCGGCGCCCUGUUGAAAUCCGCCGCCGAAAGCCCGAAUCUCCGCUUCAAAGUCAUCUACAUCAUCACCAACUCCAACUCCGAUUCCGAAUCCACCUCCAACAUCGCCGCCCUCCGCGCCCGCGACAUCCCCGUCGCCACCAUCCCUCCCACCGCCAUCGCCUUCUGUCUCGACCAGGUCACGCAAUGUUUCGUCGGGGCGGAAGGCGUCGUGGAAAACGGGGGCGUCAUUUCCAGAUUGGGAACGUAUCAGAUGGGGAUUUUGGCGAAAGCGGGGAAAAAACCGUUUUAUGUGGUGAGUGAGAGUCAUAAGUUUGUGAGGGUGUUUCCGUUGGGACAGAGGGAUUUGGGGAUUGGGCAGGGGGUGGUGGAGUUUCGGACUUCUUCGAGUACUACUGCGAGGGGGGAGGAGGGGAAGGGGUCGAGGGAGGAUGAGGGGGUGGAGGAUAUGGAGUUGUCGAGAGGGCGGGGUGGGGAAUGGAGGAUCGAGGAGGCGGUGGAUUAUACGCCGCCGGAUUUGAUCAGUGGGAUUAUUACCGAGUCUGGGGUUUUGUUGCCGAGUGCGGUGAGUGAGGAGUUGAUUAAGAUUUGGUUUUGAAGAGGAGGGAGAGAGAUGGAUGGAUACAAGUUGUACGGAGAGAGAGAGGAGUUCGGCGAGAAGAAAGCAGAAACGUACGUGAGCAGCGGCUGCAUCAAAUGGCGAAAGAAAGAACCUGCUGCAGGUCUUGGGGCAUACAUCGAAAGCAAGCAGAGGCUUCUCGUUUCAGAAGCAUGGAUGAAAAGCAGAGAGAAAGAUAGAAAAAGACGAGACGAGAGACAGCAUCGCGUCUUCUCUUCAUACCCACGACGCGAAAACUUGAGCUGAGCUGAGCUAAGCUCGCCUCUCCCACAGAGCAUACAUAUAGCCACAGAAGCGUGAAACAUUCGCUUCAGCCAUCAAUCAUCAACAAUCGAAACAAAAAAAAAGUAACACAUCCACCCUCCACCCAUUCCUUCCUUCCUUCCUUCUUCAUGCUUCUUUCUCCUCCUCUCCCGAAAGUUUUGUAAAAAGAAAAAGUUCAAAAUCGUAUCGCGUCAAUCAUACUUCAUUCCAUUUCCACGCACACGCACAUACUCGCACGCAAUAAUCAGGCCACAGGACAGUAUACAAUUCCUUGCAUCAUCCAGCAGCUCUCAUUCAUCAUCCAACUCCGCCAACUCCCUCUCAUUCUCCUCCAGGGCGCGCCUCAUCAUCUCCGCCUUCCGCCUCAACUCCGCCUUCCGAUCCUCCUUACUCGGCAGCCCAGGAUGAUCCAAAACAUUCUCGGUCCCCGAAUUCUGAGGAUGAGGAUAAUAAGGUCCCUCUGCUUCGGAGAAGGUGCGUUUCUUGCCAUCUCCCACGUCAUCGCGAUGCCGGAACGCUUCGGUGAAGUCGACCGGGAUAGGAGCUCCGGGCCGAUCGGGAGUGGCGCGGUGAUCGGAGGGUCCGGAGUGGUCGCUCAUGGCGUCGUUGUAGGUGGGGUCUGUUUGAUUGAUGGCAGAUUGAUGGGCGGGGACGACGCGUUUGCGGCGUUUGAUUUCGGCUUUUUUCAUU